CUGCGAUUUCGGAGUCGACUCGACAAGCUACUCAGAGUCGAGGAAUCGACUCUUUUGGAGUCGACUCAGCAGCAGAGCGCGAAUUCUCUAGACGCUUUUAACUAGGUCUCAAUGUGACUUUACGUGGAUCCAAGAACCCCUGUAUAGGCCGAAUGGAAGUGUACCACAGUCAUGGAGGUAAUGAGCAGUGGGGCUUGGUGUGUCAUUACGGGUGGAAAAAAGAAAAUGGAGAGGUUGUGUGUAGAGCAAUAGGGUGUGGGAAUCAUAUAGACUCUGGUAUAGAAAGGACCUUCUACAGAGAUCCACCUCUGCCCCAACAAUAUUGGAAGGAUCAAGUGGAAUGCACAUCUAAAGAAGAGAGCCUUUGGAAAUGCCCAGUUGUUGGAGCACAUAUUGCAAACUGCAGAAGUGAUUUGAGCUUUGUUGCUGUUCAGUGCUCUGGAAACGUUACACUGGGUUUGAAUCUGAAUGGACUGCAUGAUAGAUGUGCUGGUGUGGUGGAGUUCUCAACACCCAACGGCAUCAUUGGGGUCUGUAAUGAUAACUGGGAUAAAAGCAUAGCAAGCAAGAUAUGUCAGGAGCUUGGUUGUGGAGAUCAUCAUUACAUCCCCAAGCCUGGAAUGUUCAAAAGACAACUGAGCAAACAUAAUGUAUUGCUUAAUUGUGUUGGCAAUGAGAGCUUCACUUGGCAAUGUAUGGAGAGGUCAGACUGCCAGGAGCGAGCCAGUGUGGUCUGCAGCAAUUAUAAGAGGUUAGGUCUACGAGAUGGCAGCAAUGCUUGCUCUGGGUUGGUGGAAGAGUACAGUUUUGAAAACAACUCAUGGAAUCUUAAGCAGACAGAUGGGAUGAGUCCUGAAGUCCUCUGUACGGAACUGAACUGUGGUUCCACCGGAAAUUUCACAAACGCUAAUGGAACUAACAGACUGACGUGCUCAGACAGCGUGAAACUCCGCAACUUUGCAACAAAGUGUUUUGGAGACAUUUCCAUUGAUGUAAAUGGCGAUGAAUUUGGAGUGUGCUACAGUGAUUCGACUCUGUCCCAUAAGAAGGGUGUGGUGGUUUGUCAAGAGUUUGGCUGUGGUGAGGUGGUUCACGUGCAAAAGGGCUCCCUUAUUUAUAAUGGUUUGCUGAGUAACGUUGUCUGCCAGGGCAAUGAGGGGUCUCUGUGGCAUUGUCUGGCAAUUCAUGACAAACGAAAAACAAAACAAUGCACGGGAACCAAAGUUAAAUGUUCAGACAGCUUGAAUCUACGUUUGAGGGAUGGUCUGGGUAACUGUUCUGGACGUGUAGAGGUGCAAUGGUGGGGCUCAUGGAGGUCCAUUGGCUCUGACCAGAGCCCUAUAAAUUCAGAUGUGGUGUGUCAACAUCUCAAUUGUGGUGCACCUACUCAAAUAACUAGAGAACUUUUCGUCGAAGGAAAACAGCAGCAACUGGAAUCUUCGUGGGAUUUCAAUUGUAAAAGCUCUUCAGCAAAGCUCCAUGAGUGUUUUGGAAAAACUCCUUUGAGGCCACUAAUUCAAAAGAAGAAUAGCAUAGAAAUCAUCUGCAAAAAGGAAGAACUUAUGUUCUUUGAAGGUGAUGUGCCCUGCCAGGGAAGAGUGCGCAUCGAACGGUUUGAUGGUGAGACCAGCUGGCUGCCUGCAGAACCAAAAGAAGAGAACAAGCAAAAAGCCAGUAACUUAUGCCAGGUGAUGCAUUGUGGAUCUCUGGACUCCUUUGAAAAUGAGCAAAACACCACACAUGCCAAUGUCAAAUGUUUAGGAUCAGUGAGUGUGGCGCUUCGAAACCCGCUUGCAGAAAAAUGCUGGGGAAUGGUGGAAGUCUGCAUAGAUGACAAGUGCGGCGGGAUUUGCACGGACACUUGGAGAUCAAAUGAAGACUCCAAAAUGAUCUGUGAGAACCUGGGCUGCGGAGAACCAUUUCAGGGCCAGUUAACACUUAAGAAAAAUUAUCUAUCUGUGAGCUUCUAUAGUGUGUACUGCUCAGAAAACAUGCGAAAUAUGAGUAUGUGCAGGUUUAUUCACAACAAAGACUCCGACUGCAACACUGCAGCCCAAGUGAUAUGCACAGACAGCAUCAAAGCUAGACUGGAGGAUCCGAGAGACAAAUGCGCUGGAAAAGUGUCAUUGUUUUACAAAGGGCAAUGGACACCUGUCUGCCAAGACAGUAAAAAUGAAGAUCUUAAAAAUACGAUCUGCAGGGAACUGAAUUGUGGAGGCAAUCUGCAGGGAACUGAUCAUCUUAGUUUGCCUUUUCAUGACCAGUCCCAAAUCCAAGGACUAUCAAGUAUUAAAUGUCUGAAUCGAGCUAACUCUGUUUCCAAAUGUGACCUCAGUGAGGCUUCAUUGAAAAGCUCAUGUACUGUAAUGUAUUUGAAAUGCACAGAUUGGGAACGCUUGCUCCUCUAUAAAAUGGAAGGUAAAUGCAGUGGUCCAGUAUAUGGUCUGAGUAAAGAAGGAAAAACACCACAGCUUGUCAGAGGGCAGGGAUGGGGCCGAGAGGAAGGACAAAAGCUGUGCGAGUACCUACAGUGUGGAAACUACACAUCACACUCCACACUAGACAUACCCAUAGAGACUACCGAGUGGUGGAAUAAGACCUAUAAUUGCUCAGGCAAAAAGAGCAUGUGGGAAUGCGAGAGCCAAGAUCAGCCCAUCCAGCUUCAGCAGUUAAACAUCCAGUGUGACCGUAUACCUCCAGCCAUUACGCUGUCAGACAAUUGCACAGGCGAGGUGCUCAUAGAUAAGAAUCAUGUUUGUGCAUCUCAGUGGCAUGAUCACAUGUCCCAAGAGUUAUGUCACAGCCUUGGCUGUGGUAAAGCCAUCCGAGGCUUGAGCACUAAAACAGGUAAAAAAAAUUGUUGGCAUUUCAGCUGCUCAGGCAUGGAGACAUCGGUGUGGCAGUGUGGCUCUAAAAUUGAAAGCUGUGAGAACAUCCUCUCUGUGGACUGUCAAAAUGGUGUUGAAUUCCGCACCACUGAGAAGUGUGGUGGGAAGCUUGGGAUCAGGUAUAAAGGGAAAUGGGAAUAUGUCUGUGGAGAACUGACUAAAGCUGAUGCUAAGAAGGUUUGUGAUGUGCUCAAAUGCGAAAAUAGUCAACUGCUGGAUGAACAGGAAAUAGCCAUGCACAUAAAGCUGAAUAUUAUUUGUCCAGAAAUGCACCAGAGCAUUUCUCAGUGUGUGCAGCAUCUCCAAAAAGAUGAAUGCAGACCUGCUGAAAUCAAAUGUGAAGGUUAUACUCCAAAACAACGUAAUUCUUCAUUGGGUCUGAUAUUGGGUCUGUUAGGAGGCGUGCUGGGGUUGCUGAUUUUGUUUUUAAUGUGGACAAAACGGAAACGCCUACUUUUAGCCUUAAGACAUUACAGAAAUAAAAAUGGCAAAUACGUGAACCCUGAUGUGAAUGAAAUGGAUAAGAUGGAUACAGAGGACAGAGAUUUGUCUGAAGGAAAGGCAUCGUUUUUAGAUGAUGAUGACUACGAGCAUGUGGAUUCUCUCAUGGACAAGUCAGGAGAGGAGGAUGAAGAUGAUAGAAAGAGAGGUUCUUCUGGGACAGAAUAUGAUGAUAUUGAUGGACAAGCCAAUGGAAUCUCUCCUCAGACCCUCCAUGAUGAUGACCUCAACCUCCCUGUCCUUCCCAAGAGACCCGAGAACAUUCUUGAUCAGGACACCUAUGAAGUGGAGAUAGAGAAACAGGAGGACUAUGAUGAUGUCAUACCUGUCGAGGCUGGAACCAAUGAAAAUGCAGGGACGACAGGCACACAAGCACAUGUAGAUGUAGACGUGGAUGAAGGUCUAGUUGCAAAUGCAGAUGCGGUAUUUUUAACCACAGAGGUAGAAGUUCACACUCAACUAGAGUAAUGAAGCAGCCACGUGACCAAAUUGUUCUUUUAAGUUAAUAUAAGAUUGUAUGUUCUUAUAUCAGUAGAACAAUGGGAAGAUAGUAUGGAUAAACAAAUGCUGUUUAAUGAUGCUAGCUCUCAAGAUUUCUCUCAAGAUGUAUAAAAGAAGGAAAACAUACGCAAAACUGAUUUGGAAUAACAAAAUCUUUAAUUAUCUUCCCAACAGCAUAUGACUGGAUAAAAAGAGCUAAUUUUUGUGCCGACAAACCAGUCAAACUUUGUCAUUCUUUAAGUUCUGAUGUGUAGUUUUGAUCUGUUUGCUUCUGUUUUGCUUUAUUUGUUUUCAGUCUGUUAAAGCUCGUGAGCAGGCCCACAUGAACUCAGCAGAAAACCUUGAAAUUAAAAUGUAAUAGGCUAUCGCUAUCGUGUUCAUUUGAUUUGGUAAUAUCUUUUAAAAAUUUACAAGAUCAAUGCUUUUAAAGUUUUCAUGACCAGGUAACACGAUGUUUACACAAUCAGGAUGCCAUAGUUCAGUUGGUUCACCCAACAACUAAAAUUUGCUAAAAAAUUCCAACGUGAGUUUGGUUGGUACAGAUCUGGAAAAAAUGUAAUUACUUAAUUUCACCAAUGAAUCCUCUGCAGUGAAUGGGUGCCAUCAGAAUCCACAAGUAAUCCACUCGGCUCCAAUCCAUCAAUUAAUGUCUUCUGAAGUGAAAAGAUUUGUGUUUAUAAGAAACAAAUCCAUCAAGACGUUUUUAACUUCAAACAUUGUUUUUUUUGUAAACAGUGCUUGAUUUGUGCAUAUUUCUCUCCUGAUUCAGACGAGAUGACUUUUUCACUGGAAAAAGCAAUAUUAUGGAUAAAGGACUUGUAUUUUAGCUGGAAGCAGCCGUUUGAAGUUAAAAACAUCUUGAUGGAUUGGUUUCUUUGUUUCUGGACUGGAGUUGUGUGGAUUAUUGUGAUGUUUUUAUCAGCUGUUUGGACUCUCAUUCUGACGACACCCAUUCACUGCAGAGGAUCCAUUGGUGAGCAAGUUAUGUAAUGCUAAUUUUCUCCAGAUCUGUUCCCAUGAAGAAACAAACUCAUCUACAUCUUGGAUGGCAUGAGAGUACAUUUUCAGCAAAUUUUAAUUUUGGGGCGAACUAUUCCUUUAAUACACAAUGUAUAUAUGGACAGAUAUAUGUUCAACUGUCCAUUUAGUUUCUAUUAAUUUUCUGGAUCAAUAAUAAGGCAAAUGUUAGCAUGUAAAAUAUAUAUUUAAUUAUGCAAAAAUAAAUAAAUAAUAAUAAUUAAUUAAUUAAUCUGUAACCACUAGUUUCUUUAAUGCUCCAUAAUAGUACUGAAAAAAUGUAAAGAUGAUGCUCUCAGAGUCACCAAAAGUGAAAACAUACAGUAGGUGCUAUUUUGGCAAAAAAUAAAUAAAUAAAUACACAGUAUAUUUUAUUUGGGCCUUCUCAUGAGCAUGUGUAUUAAUUUUUUUUUUUUACUUAUUUUAAAAGGAAUUAUAGUUUUAUACAAUUUUACAAGAACCUUUUCUCUUUUUGUAUAUACAGUAUUUUAAAAAUCAAACCAUUCUGCAA